AUGCCCGACACAAGAGUACGCGUGCACUGGGCCGAAGGGGCCAAGAAACGGACGCUACUCCGGGGCCGGGUGGGGGGGAGCCAGCGCGGCAGCCGCCGCGGCCGGCACGCCGCGCGAGGCGCUGCCCCCCUCUCGAGCCCGAGGGCGUCCUCGGGCCGGCUGCCCGAAGGUCUCCUCGAGGAGCUGCCGCAGCGCACGUCGCUCGGCUCGGCCGAAGACGGCCUCGACGCCUCGGCCACGCCCAUCCACGGGAAGGUCCGGAACGAGCUCGCAACUUGGCUUAACCCGAUUCAACACUUGGCAUGCCCGUGGGCGGGCGCGCAGCGCCGGUGCCCGCCAGCCGCUGGCGGGAGCUGA